CUCUUAACAAACGAAAGCUUUCACUAUGGUGGCACCUACAAAAAAGAAAGGUCCUUCGCAGACCGAACUUUUGGUAAAGGCAUGCGGCGAAAUUGUUGCCGAAAUGAUGUCUGCCAUGGAAGGCAAGAAGGAUGUCAACUUGAAUGCUCUCAAAUCGAGAAUUUCUCGUAAAAACAAACUACAGAAACAACCAAAAUUGGUCGACAUUAUCUCUGCUAUUCCCGAGCACCAAAAGGCAAUGCUACUUCCUCAACUCAAGGCUAAGCCUGUUCGAACAGCCUCUGGUAUUGCCGUCGUCGCUGUCAUGUGCAAACCCCACAGAUGCCCACACAUUGCUAUGACAGGAAAUAUCUGCGUUUACUGCCCAGGAGGACCUGAUUCUGACUUUGAAUACUCCACUCAGUCCUAUACUGGCUAUGAACCAACAUCUAUGAGAGCCAUUAGAGCUCGCUAUCAUCCAUUUGAACAAUCUCGAGGACGUGUAGAUCAACUCAAGAGCUUGGGUCAUUCUGUUGACAAGGUAGAAUAUAUCAUCAUGGGUGGUACUUUUAUGUCCAUGCCUGAGGACUAUAGAAAUUGGUUUAUCUCCAAUUUGCAUGACGCCCUCUCUGGACAUUCUAGCAAUGACGUGGAUGAAGCAGUCAGAUUUUCUCAGCAGAGUCAAACUAAAUGUAUCGGUAUUACCAUCGAAACUCGACCUGAUUACUGCUUGAAACCCCAUUUAAGUCAAAUGCUUCGAUACGGUUGUACUCGUUUGGAAAUUGGUGUACAAAGUGUAUAUGAGGAUGUCGCUCGAGAUACCAACCGCGGCCACACUGUCAAGGCCGUUAGUGAAUCAUUCCAGUUGGCAAAAGAUGCUGGCUACAAAGUGGUUUCUCAUAUGAUGCCUGAUUUGCCCAACGUUGGUAUGGAACGUGAUAUUGAGCAAUUCAAGGAAUACUUUGAAAAUCCAGCUUUCCGAUCUGACGGUCUAAAAAUUUACCCAACCCUUGUCAUUCGCGGUACCGGUCUUUAUGAACUCUGGCGUACUGGUCGCUACAAGAACUAUACUCCAAACGCCUUGAUUGAUCUUGUCGCACGCAUUUUGGCCCUGGUACCCCCGUGGACUCGAAUUUACCGAGUGCAGCGAGAUAUCCCAAUGCCACUUGUUACAUCCGGUGUGGAGAAUGGUAACUUGAGAGAACUCGCUCUCAACCGAAUGAAGGAUCUGGGUACUGAAUGUCGCGAUGUUCGAACCAGAGAAGUUGGUAUUACUGAAAUUCAUAACAAGAUCAAGCCUGAUCAAGUGGAGUUGAUUCGCCGAGACUAUGUUGCUAACGGCGGCUGGGAGACAUUCUUGUCUUAUGAAGACCCCCACCAAGAUAUUUUGAUCGGAUUGUUGAGAUUGCGAAAGUGUUCACCCCAAACUUUCCGGCCUGAACUUACCAGUGCUGGUCAAACAUCGAUUGUUCGAGAAUUGCACGUCUAUGGCUCAGUAGUCCCCAUGCACAACCGCGACCCAACCAAAUUCCAGCAUCAAGGUUUUGGAACCCUCCUUAUGGAAGAGGCAGAACGUAUUGCUCGAGAGGAACAUGGCAGUGUCAAACUAAGUGUCAUUUCUGGCGUUGGCGUGAGACACUACUACGCUAAGCUGGGCUAUUAUCUUGAUGGUCCCUAUAUGUCUAAGAUGCUCGUUUAAUCAUCAUUACGGCUAUCUUGAGAAUUAAUACAAUGAGUUUUAAAUGUAAAUACUUGAAUAAAAAGCACAAUCAAUUUUGAAUGGGGUAAAAGCCCAAAUUUCUCUCGGCCAAAAAGCCAGUCUUUCGCUUGAAGAAGCG